CUCUAACCAUCGCUCCCCCAGCCUCGCCGCGCGGCCGCACCUCGUCCCCCGCCGCCGCCGCACGCGCUCGCUCGCUCGUACAGCCAUGGGGAGAUCGUCGUCGGCGACGGCGGCGGGAAGUAAGAAGCGGAAGUCCAAAACGGGAGCUCUAACCCUAGGCGAGGUGAAGUCGAUUGGCCAGGAGCUCCUCACCUCGCGCGCCCACCUCAACCACGUCCCCGCCCUCCUCGCGCUACUCUCCCCCACCGCGCCGCUCGACCUCGCCCUGGAGGCGCUCAUCUCUCUCCAGUCGUUCUUCGUGCCGCUCCUCCCUUCCAUCCCCUCCUCCGCCACGGCCGCUGCGGCCGUGGGAGAUGCAGACCCCGAGCUCGUGUUUAGGUCCUGGCUGCGGAAGCGGUUCGAUGAGCUCGUUGCCGCGCUCGUCGAGUUCGCCGUGUCUCCGCACAGCGACGAGGCAAUCAGGGAUCUGGCACUCGAUGCGCUCAUGGAUUUCGCGAAGCUGGGGAAGGAUGGGAGGUUCCAGUCGGCAAUCUACCACAAGCUUCUCCACAACUUGAUUCAUGGUACCGACUCGAUUGAUCCUUUGUUAGAAUUGCUUGGCCCAAAGUAUUUCAAAUACGCUGAUGUUUGUUACUUUACUUACACUAGCAUAGACAAGAUCGCUAGCAGUAUAGGCAAUAAAACCACCGGUUCUGAAAAGAAUGGGUUGCAUAAUGGCAAUGAUGGAACUGAAGACAGAGGCCCUAUUUAUACACGCAAUAUAUACAAUACUUUGGCGCAUAUUCCUGCGUUGGAUCUUCAGGAGUCAAAGUUUAAUAUGUGGAGUACUGUUGGUCUUUCUUCCAAAGGUGAAAAGAACUCAUCUGAGGACUACUCUGCUACUUACAUUAACAAAAAACUCAAAUCAAAGCUCACGAAAGCCUGGAUAUCCUUUCUCAAGCUGCCACUUCCACUUGAUGUGUACAAGGAGGUCCUUGCAACAAUUCAUCAGAAUGUAAUUCCUUCAAUGUCAAAUCCAGCCAUUUUGUGUGAUUUCUUGACUAGAUCAUACGAUAUUGGUGGUGUUAUCAGUGUGAUGGCCCUAAGUGGUCUUUUCAUUCUUAUGACACAACAUGGUCUCGAGUAUCCAAAAUUCUAUGACAAACUCUACGCACUACUGACUCCAGCUGUUUUCAUGGCAAAACAUCGGGCAGUUUUCUUGCAACUUCUGGAUGCAUGUCUGAAGUCGUCAUAUCUUCCUGCAUACCUUGCUGCUGCGUUUGCAAAAAGAUUGAGUAGACUCACUCUUUCAGCUCCACCUGCUGGCGUUCUUAUUAUUAUUGCUUUAAUUCAUAAUCUGCUGCGGAGGCACCCGUCAAUUAAUUUUUUGGUUCAUUGGGAAAUUGAUGCAAAUGAUUCUGAAACGGCUAAAGAUGCUAAUCAAAGUAAGAAGGUUGGCACUGAUCCUUUCAACAAUGAAGAGGCUGACCCUGCAAAGUCUGGUGCAAUGCGAAGUUCUUUAUGGGAAAUAGACACACUACGCCAUCAUUACUCUCCUGCUGUUUCGAGAUUUGUUGCUUCUCUCGAAAAUGAUCUCACUGUUCGGGCCAAAACCACUGAGAUGAAAAUAACAGACUUUAGUUCAGGCUCCUAUGCAACAGUUUUCAGAGACGAGGUACGGCGGCGGAUAAAACAAGUUCCCCUUGCUUUCUACAGAACUACGCCAAUUUGUUUAUUUCAAGAGUCAGAUUUUCCUGGAUGGACUUUUAGAGAUCGAUCGAAAAACAUGGCAGAAACUAGUGUAGAAGGCAAUGUGAUCGGUACGGUAGGUAUUAGCGACAGCUCGCCCGCCAAAAGGUUGCGAUUGGAGGUAUGUAUCUGUGUUUGGAUCGUCAAACGAUACUGUCCAUACGAAUGCGGUCACUUGUUCACCAUGAAGUUCAUUUUCCAUCUGUUCGGCAUUUUGUGCUGUCUGUGUUCUUGCGCGCAAAGCAAAACCAUGUCUAGGAGGCCCGAUUCAGUGAGUAUUGGAGCUCAAUUCGCACGGAAUUCAACAAUCGGGAGAGUUGCUGCAGUUGCCGUCGCUGCUGCUAUCAAUGACAUCAACAAUGAUUCAAGUAUCCUACCGGGCACAAAACUGGAUGUUCGGAUGCAUGAUUCCAGCUGCAACCGUUUUCUUGGCAUUGUGCAAGCCUUGCAAUUCAUGGAGAAAGAUACUGUUGCAAUCAUCGGCCCGUUGUCUUCUACCACCGCCCAUGUCCUUUCUCACCUUGCAAAUGAACUCCAUGUACCGCUGAUGUCCUUUUCUGCAACUGAUCCAACUCUCUCAUCACUUGAAUAUCCGUUCUUUGUGCGGACUACUGUUAGUGAUCAAUUUCAAAUGACUGCUAUCGCUGACUUAGUUCAGUAUUAUGGCUGGAAGCAAGUUACAACCAUAUUUGUGGAUAACGAUUAUGGAAGAAAUGGAAUAUCCUCUUUAGGUGAUGAACUUUCCAAGAGGCGAUCUAAGAUCUUGUAUAAAGCUGCAUUCAGGCCAGGAGCGACCAACAAUGAGAUUGCUGAUGUGCUGAUCAAGGUUGCAAUGAUGGAGUCUCGGGUCAUCAUCCUGCAUGCAAAUCCCGAUUCUGGACUUGUGGUAUUCCAGCAAGCGCUCAAACUUGGCAUGACAUCCAGUGGGUAUGUGUGGAUUGCAACAGAUUGGCUCACUUCAUACCUUGAUCCAUCGGUACAUCUCGACUUUGGAUUACUGAGCACAAUGCAGGGUAUUCUUACAUUGCGUCACCAUACUGAAAAUACCAGAAGGAAGAGUAUGCUGUAUUCAAAAUGGAAUGAAUUGCUGAAGGAGGAUAGUGGUCACAGCAGAUUCUUGCUUAGCACUUAUGGCCUGUAUGCUUAUGAUACUGUCUGGGUUCUUGCUCAUGCGCUGGAUGCAUUUUUCAAUAAAGGCGGAAACAUUUCUUUCUCACCUGAUCCCAAACUACAUGAAAUUUCAGGAGGAGGGUUGAAUUUGGAUGCGUUGAGUAUCUUUGAUGGAGGACAGCUGCUACUAGAAAGUAUCUACCAAGUAAACUUUAUGGGUGCAACUGGCCCAGUAAGAUUUGAUUCAGGUGGCAAUCUUAUACAGCCUGCAUAUGAUAUUGUCAAUAUAGUAGGUUCUGGUUUGCGAACAAUUGGUUAUUGGUCCAACUAUUCUGGGCUAUCGGUUAUAUCUCCUGAGACUCUCUACAUGAAACCAGCAAAUCGUGCGAGAGAAUCUCAGAAACUCCAUGAUGUGAUCUGGCCAGGUGAUACUAUAAAAAGGCCUCGGGGAUGGGUGUUUCCUAACAAUGGAAAUGAACUAAGAAUUGGAGUCCCCAAUAGGGUAAGUUACCGUCAAUUUGUAUCAGCUGAUAGUGAAACUGGAAUGGUGCGGGGAUUCUGUAUUGAUGUGUUUGUUGCUGCAACAAACUUGUUAGCGUAUCCAGUUCCUUAUAGGCUUAUACCUUUCGGAAACGGCAGUGAGAAUCCAAGCUAUAUGGAGCUUAUCAAUAAAAUUCUAACAGAUGAUUUUGAUGCUGUGAUAGGUGAUGUAGCUAUUGUCACAAAUCGGACAAAGGUUGUUGAUUUCACUCAGCCAUAUGUCGAGUCCGGGCUUGUGGUACUUACCUCUGUGAAGCCGCAGAGCUCGAAUGGAUGGGCCUUUCUGCAACCUUUCACUAACAAGAUGUGGGCCGUCACAGGAUUGUUCUUUCUUAUCAUAGGUACAGUAGUUUGGAUGCUUGAACAUAGAAUCAAUGAUGAUUUCCGCGGUCCUCCGGCAAAACAGAUUAUUACUGUGUUCUGGUUCAGUUUCUCAACCCUGUUCUUCGCCCACAGAGAGGACACCAGGAGCACUCUCGGCCGCUUCGUGAUCAUCAUAUGGCUGUUCGUUGUUCUGAUCAUCCAGUCGAGCUACACCGCCAGCCUGACCUCCAUACUCACCGUGCAGCAGCUCACGUCGCCGAUCACGGGGAUCGACAGCUUGAUCACCAGCGACGUUCCCAUCGGGUUCCAGGUCGGCUCCUUUGCGGAGAACUACCUCGCGCAGGAGCUCGGCAUUGCACACUCGAGGCUCAAGGCUCUCGGCUCACCGGAUGAGUAUAGGAACGCACUUGAGCUUGGCCCUAGUAAAGGUGGCGUCGCGGCCAUCGUCGACGAGCGCCCCUACAUUGAGCUCUUCUUGCAUCAGAACCCCAACUUCGCGGUCGUGGGCUCCGAGUUCACCAAGAGCGGCUGGGGCUUCGCGUUUCCGAGGGACUCGCCGCUGUCCGUCGACCUGUCGACGGCCAUCCUGGAGCUGUCGGAGAACGGCGACCUGCAGAGGAUCCACGACAAGUGGCUGGCGAGCGACAUGUCGUCCAUGUCGCAGCCCAACGAGGACUCGGACCGGCUGCAGGUGUACAGCUUCUCCGCGCUGUUCCUCAUCUGUGGCCUCGCCUGCGUCUUCGCCCUCGCCAUACACGCCUGCAACCUCUUCUACCAGUACUCCCGCCACGCCUCGGAGGACCCCGCCGCGCUGCAGCCGGCCACCGGCGACGGCGGCGGCCGCUCCCUCUCCCGGCGCAGCAAGCUCCAGUCCUUCCUGUCCUUCGCCGACAGCCGGGAGGCCGACAUCCGGACGGCGUCCAAAGAGAGGGCGGCUGCUCUGGGAGGCAGUGGAGGCUCCAUGAGCGGCGUCAGCUUCACGUCAAACGGCAGCACCAGCACCACCGCUUCAUGCUAAAGCCAUAAUUUGCAGGGUUUUUUUUUCUUCUAAUUUAUCCUCGGUGUACGUAGUAAUUUUGCCUCUCCUUGUGCUACAAAAUUUGUAGAGAUACGUAAGCACAUUGGAGCAGCUUCAGUAACCUUUGCUGCGCUCCGGCGCUUAGUAUAGCGAAAUAUAGCAGCUUGAUUUCACUGAAA